GUCCUUGUUUUGUAUCUUAAAAUGGUUUAAACUGGUCUGAAACUUAAUUUUAAGCAGUUUAGUAUAGCAAGCAAAAUCAUUCCAAUGUAUAUCAAAAAUAGCACAACUCCAUUGUUAUACUGUAUUGUUAUCUCUUUCAGCAAGCCUUUGUGAUGCACUACAAUGAUGAAGGAAGAUGAAGAACAAUCAGAGAUGCUCAGCAGCGGCUUCACAGUGAUGGUGCUAUAGCCUGCUCAGCCAAUCACCCUCCGGUAUGUAAAUGAGACAGGAGAGCAUGCCUGCUGAUUGGUCCUCCCCAGACUUGCCAUUGCCCUCAUCAACAGGCUCUCUUCCUUGUUGUUGUUGUGCCAUCAUUGAGGUCCUAUGUGUGUGUGUGUGUGGGCACAGGGAGGAGCCGAGGGCCUCUUUCUAUAGCCGAGGAGGGGCGGGUCCUGCCGGGAGAGGCUGAGAGGAAGACAAGAGCGAGUGGGCGGGAUCUAGACCCAGGCUGGAGUAGAGCAUCCCUGACCGCAGCUCGGCUAACGGCUAGAAAAGCGUCUCCAGACUGAUGCUGAGUCAGGUACAGGUGGAGUCACAUCCUGUUUGGCUUGGACCCUCCAGAAAUCAUGGAGGAGCUGGAACAUACCUGUCCACUGCCACGAACGACACUUAUAGAACCAGCCAUAUUUACGCCGGAGACGAGUUGUGAGUGUCGGGCGCCACAUGAGAAGCUGACUGUAGAGCAAGCUCGACUUGGAACGCCUGUGGACCGGCCGGUGCGAAUCUAUGCAGAUGGCAUCUUCGAUCUUUUUCAUUCUGGUCACGCUCGUGCCCUGAUGCAGGCUAAGAAUCUGUUUCCUAACGCCUACCUUAUAGUUGGAGUAUGUAGUGAUGAACUCACUCACAAGUACAAGGGCUUCACCGUAAUGACGGAAGACGAGCGGUACGAGGCAUUGAGACACUGCCGCUACGUCGAUGAGGUUUUGCGUGAUGCGCCUUGGACUCUGACUCAAGAGUUUUUAGAAAAACACAAGAUUGACUUUGUGGCGCAUGAUGACAUCCCGUACUCCUCUGCUGGCUCUGAGGACGUGUACAAGCAUAUUAAGGAGGCAGGUAUGUUUGUGCCCACUAAAAGGACAGAAGGGAUUUCGACGUCUGACUUGAUCACCCGGAUAGUGAGAGACUAUGACGUGUACGCUAGACGCAACUUGCAGAGGGGCUACACCGCUAAAGAACUCAACGUUAGUUAUAUUAAUGAAAAGAAGUACCGUCUGCAGAAUCAGGUGGACAGGAUGAAAGAGAAGGUGCGGACGGUAGAGGAGAAGUCCAAGCAUUUUGUGUAUAGAGUGGAAGAAAAGAGCCACGAUCUUAUUCAGAAAUGGGAGGAGAAAUCACGAGAAUUCAUUGGGAACUUUCUAGAGCUCUUCGGUCCAGAUGGAACAUGGAAGCAAAUGUUUCAGGAACGUAGCGGACGAAUGAUCCAAGCCUUCUCUCCACGCUGCUCACCCAGCAACAGUCCACCAAGGGACUUUUCCCCACGCUCUCCAUCACCUCCAUCCCGCUGGGCCAUGCCCAGAACCUCACCUCCCCCGUCCCCAAAGGGCGCCUCGGCCUCCAUCAGCAGCAUGAGCGAGGGCGACGAGGACGAGAAGUGAGGAAUAAACCAUCACACAUAAUAGACUGCACUUUACCCACAAACACACAUUUACACACACUGGCAGCGAUGACAGGUCAACUACCCUCAUGGGAAAAUUUAAAGUACUGUACACAACACAGGGUUGUUGAAGUCCUGUAUAGUUAUGCUGGCAUUACAGCAAAUAUUUGAAAGCCAUUGCAGCCCUAAAACAGAACCUGAGAAGAGAUUUAACAAACAGAGGUGGGAUUCACUAAAUCAAUUGCGGCCACUGUUUGUUUUUGUUGUUUUAGCACCAACAAA